GGCACAGAAGGAGUGAUGGCAGGGAAUGGUGCCCACUCCAAGGGGGAGAGCUCCAGCUGAUGCAUCUUGGAGUGUGUGGUGUAAAGCUGAGCCUGGGGGAAGCAGAUGUGUGUGUUGGUCACCCCGAGGUGGGAAGCCCCUGGAUGCCCACCCUCACCUCACCCCAUGUCCCCUGCAGCGGACGGUGGCGGGACGAUCACCCACUGGCUGGAUGCUGACUACCUCUUCAGCAGCGAUGCCGCCCACCCCGACACCCGCAGCAUACACGAGAGCCUCAGUUACUUGGAGGGCAGAGCCACGGUCUUUCACUCCCGUUACCUCUCGCUGUGGGCGAGCACCAGCGCGGGAGAGAAGCCCUCGGUGGUUCUGGGCCACUUCGUCCUGCCCCCUGCCUGCCUGCAAGAAGAAAUCAGAAGGAAAAUUGGCCGGUUUAUUUGGGAGAAGGCAGAUGCCCUAGAAGAACAGUCACAGCCAAAUGAAAAUCCAACAGAGGAACCAGAAGCGGCAAGAAAUGCCUGCGAGGAAGAACCAGAGGAGGAAGUGCUAGACCUGGACGAGAGCAGUGAAGAAACAGGCUUUGAAGCACUUGCCCAGGGAGAAUUUCCAUACCGUGCCCUCCAGGAAUACCCAAUAAAUAACAUGGUGACAGGCUAUCCCUCUGCACGGGACAUGAAGAAAUAUGAGGGGGAACUCCACGACUUCAUCCCCGGCACCUCGGGCUACGCAGUGUACUGGGUUCAAAGCAAAUGUAGCAUUUACUGCGAGAAGACCAAAAUGAAGAGGAAAUUGUAAGGAACAGGUGGCUGGAGCAGCAACAACUUCACUGUAAGAGCUGCUAGAUGAUUUAUACAUUAUCCAACUGCAGCUCAGUGUUCAGUGUGUUAUUUCAUUACUGGCUAGUUAUUGCAGUAUUUGCUUCUUUAAGUAACUACUUAAACCCAAUGUCACAACAAACAGAAACAUGGACAUUUCUCCCCAAAAACCCAGU